AUGGGCCCCUCGCGUCGUCGUCAUAUAACCCGUACCAAGCGCGCAUUGAUGCGAUCGAUGCGCUCCCAGAACUACUCCGUGAGAGAUAUCUCGCAGUGGUUAGCUUGCGGCGAGUCGACCGUUGGCAAGGUUUUGCGAAAUGACUAUGGGGAUAGCCUUGAAGAGGACGUGGACCAUCUGGAUGGGCGGGCCGGCGAUAUCACCAAUGUCGACAACAUGUCCGAGGAUUCGAUUGCAAGAACACUUGCAACGCUCAAAGACGAGGAUGAAGACCUCGAAUAUGUCGAGGAUGCGACUAGCACCCGCGAUGAUGAGAGUGAUAAUCACCCAUCCAUCUCAACGGCAGCCCAAGGUGCUCGGAAGUCGGCGAGAUUGCGGGGACAGAAGGCCCCUUGUGAGAUUUUUAAUUACUUGUGCUACUUCCUGCUCUGA